GCUUCUCCGCACAAUAGUUGGCGAUCAGUUGGCUUUCAGUUGACAAGCAAAGCGGUUGCAUAUUUUUCGUAGCAAGCGGUGGCGAUAAAUACGUGUACACCUGUCGGAAUGCAAACACUCGGUGCACUUAUUGGACAAUAAGCAGAGAUUUCGUUCAACUGAAGUGAAAUAAAUCAGCUUUGACUACUUUUUUGCCGACAGUUGGACGCGCAGCUUAUUGAAUUGCAUUCUGAAAACGUGAUUUAAACGGGCGCCACCGCUCAAUUUCACACAAAUUAACCGUUAAUUGUCGAGGCGUUAGCUUUCAUAACUGUGAAUAGUGUGUGAGAACGUUUGUGCAUCGUGUCUUUUUUUAUUCAACGAAAUUGAUAGCUUCUAAUUUAUUUCAAAUAAAUUUAAUAAAACCAACAAUUGAAGAAUUGCUGAGACAUGGAAGUGACAACGAUUACAACAACAACUACCGCGCGUGAAUCGAAGCGUGCUGUACGAAAGCAUGUGAAUCCAUGCAGUGAUCACACGCAUACGCUCGAAGGCCUAAAACACGUUACGGAUACACAUCAAUUUCCGGAAGAUGAGGAACCAAAUAUACUGGGUCACGGCACACCGGUGGAAGAGAAGGCUGAUCCAUUAACCACAGAGAAGUUAAUGAAAUUGAAAACUCUAUUGAAUUUUGAAGAUGCACCCGAUCACCUCAAAUUCAAUCCUUACAUUCGUCGUGGCUACCGCACAUUCCUAUCCACAAAAUUAUGCCUGCAAAGCGUCUUCUGGUGGACCAACGAAACUAUCAAUAUUUGGAGUCAUCUCUUUGGCUGUCUGCUCUUCAUAUGCCUAACCAUAUUCGAUUUCCAGUUUCUGCAAGCGCACGCGGAUGUGAGCGAUCAGGUGUUGGUUGUGUGUCUCUUGGUCUGUUUCUGCCUGUGCAUGCUGCUAUCUUCAAUUUAUCAUAUUUUCUCCUGCAAAUCAGAGGAGCAUUAUGAUUUCUUCUUGUCCGUGGACUUUUUGGGUAUUUGUUUGUCGCUGGUGGCGAUUUACAUCAGUGGCAUGUACUAUGCGUUUUGGUGCUUCAAGACACUCCGGCUCGUUUACUCAGUGAUUGCGCUGUGUAUGUUCGGCUUGGCGAUGAUGGUGCAAAUUCCCAAGUUGAAUGUCUCUUUGGACGCAAAGAUCGCUGUGCUGGUGUUGUGGGCCGCCUACGGUAUUAUACCGUUAGCGCAUUGGACUUAUGUGAUGGGUGGUCUUGACAAUGAGUUGGUGCGGUUAAUGGUGCCGCGCAUAAUUGGCAUGUAUGGCUGGUGUGCUGUCGCUUUUGUCAUUUAUGCCGCAAAAAUACCGGAGCGUUGGCUUGCCGGCAAAGUGGAUUAUGUUGGACACUCGCACAAUUGGUGGCAUCUCUUCAUUUUGGCCGCUUUCUAUCACUGGCACAACACUGGUCUUGUCUAUGCUGAGUAUCGUUUGAAUAACGGUUGCAGUCUUCCAACAUUGACAUAGAUCGUUGAACCUAAACCAAAACGCGCUGUAAUUUAAUUAUUUUCAAUUUUUUUACAACGCCUAGGCAUAUCUGUAGAGUAUGUUGUUAUUACUUUGUGAUUUCAGCACGUUAAUCAUUCAAUGAGGCACCUCAGCAACGGCUAGUAAACGUACCUUUAAACAUAUAUAUACAAAUAUUGAUAUAUUCAUACUUUGUAGGUACUUAGUUGUAAUUGCAAAUCUAGUUCAGUCACUCAUUAUUUAGUUUUAAUGCACAUUUGUAUAUACAUAAUCGAAAUAUUUAGAAGAAGAAUUUAUUAUUUUGUUGCGAAGACUUUGUUACUCUUUUGAAAAUAUGUAGUUAAUAAAGUUGCAUAUUAAAAAGACAUUACAUAUAAGUGAAAUGUAA